CUCGUGAUACCGUCUACUCAACAAUAUGCUUUCGCCGAGAUUAAACAUAUUCGCACUCCUGUUGCUGGCAAUCGCCAGUGCCAGCGUCUAUGCUGCACCGCCGAUGGGUCGGGUGGUCAAUGGCACGGAUGCCACCGUGGAGAAAUAUCCGUUUGUGAUUUCGUUGCGCGGUGCCAGUGGCUCCCAUUCCUGCGGCGGCUCCAUAGUUUCCAAUCAAUUUGUGCUGACGGCGGCUCAUUGCACCGAUGGACGCAAAGCCGGGCAGAUCUCAGUACAGUACGGUGUGACCAAUAUCGGCGCCAGCGGACCCAACGUGGUGGCUGUCAAGCGGAUCAUUCAGCACGAGCUUUACAACCCCAGCAACCACUAUGCCAAUGAUAUUUCCCUGCUCCAGGUGGCGGAGCCUUUCAAGUUUGACUACAAGACCGUCGCCCCUGUGCAGCUGCCCGCGCUUAACUUUGCCACGCCCCAGUCGGAGUCCGGCGGUGAGGGGACACUCGUUGGUUGGGGCCUGAAUGCGACUGGCGGCAGUAUACAGACUACCCUGCAGCAGGUACAGCUGAAGGUAUACUCUGACGAGGAGUGCGUGGCGCGUCACCAAGGAUCCACAGAUCCCCGCUACCACAUUUGCGGUGGUGUCGAUGAGGGUGGAAAGGGACAAUGCAGUGGCGAUUCUGGCGGCCCCCUCUUGUACGACGGCCAGCAGGUGGGCAUUGUGUCCUGGAGCAUCAAGCCUUGCACGGUGGCACCUUAUCCUGGUGUUUACUGCAAGGUUGCCAACUAUGUCGAUUGGAUCCAAAAGAACCAAAUAAUAUUGGCUUAGGCUCUCAAAAACAACCCAACAAACCUCGCAAAUUAUUUAUCAGUCUUCCUCUUUGUACCCACGCCUCGUGCGCUAAUCCCGUAGUUAAGAGUCGCUAUCGGCCUGUGCUUAUCGAUGGCUGUCGUGCUUAAUAAAUCAAUGUAUUAAAAACAUUAAA